CUUGGCGCCGGUCUCGGUCUUCUUGUCGUUCGCUUCAUGCGCUGGUUCGGCGCACGGGUGACCGUGCUCAUUGGAGUCAUCCUCAUGGGCAUGAGCUUGAUAGGAGCUAGCUUCUGCACCUCGAACAUCGCGGGUCUUUUCGGAACAAUUGGAUGUAUUGGUGGAGUAGGCAUGGCUAUGAACUACGCUGUAUCCAACGCGCUUCCGGUCCAGUACUUCAGCUCCCGUCUCGGACUUGCCAACGGACUCAUCAAACUUGGUGGAGGCGUUGGAGGCUGCGUUAUGUCCAUUGCACUCGACGCCAUGUAUCAAAGAGUCGGGAUUGAUUGGACCUUCCGCUUCCAAGGGCUAAUGACGCUUGCAAUUGGCAUGCCGGCUGCUUGGUUACUCAAGGAUCGAGUGCCACUCAAAAAAGCACCCUUCUUCGAUGCCAGCAUGUUUCGCUCCGUGCCCUUCGUUGCGACUUUCAUUGCCAGCGCCAUCGGUGUCUUCGCACUCUACGUCCCUCCAUACUACCUUCCGCUGUUUGCACGAUCAAUUGGUCUGACUUCCAGCACUGGCGCAGGCCUCGUUGCAGCCUUCAACGCCUGCAAUGCAAUCGGACGAUUUAUUGCGGGACCACUGUGCGACAAGGUCGGCCCUCUUAACAUGUUUGUGAUGGUGAUGGUUCUCAACGCUGUCAGUAUGCUAGCCAUUUGGCCGUUAUCGAGCACACUCGCGCCACUCGUUCUCUUCGCAACCGUCAACGGUGUCGCGAAUGGGGCUUACUUCACUACUCAGCCUACUGUCGUGGCCGGCAUCUUCGGACCUGGACGGGCUACCGUCGCAAUGAGUAUGUCUGUGACAGGCUGGACAGCUGGAUACUUAAUGGGCGCGCCGAUCGCAGGUUACCUACUUCAAGCGGCCGGUGGUAGCAAGCAAGCUGCAGGUAUUGGUCAGAGCAUCGAGGUCUAUCGACCUGCCAUCUUCUAUGCUGGCGGAAUGGCUACGAUUUCUGCUCUCUGUGUCAUUGCAGCGAGAUUGACAGUCGCGAAGAAAGUUUUGAAAAGGGUGUAAAACUUGUGCAUUGU